CACAGCUCUGCUCCCCAGCUCGCUGCAUGGAAGCUUGUCACUCUCCACAGCAAUCCAAUGUCACUUCAUACGGGGCCACCACUGUGGCCAUCGUCACCCUGGAGGCGUUUGCUGGCAUGUGGAUAAACGCUUUCAUCGUUUGUGUGCUUUGCCUUGCCUGGGUCAAAAAGAAAACCCUCAACUCUAAUGAGAAGAUCUUGCUGCUGCUGGGAUGUUCCAGGUUUUGCUGUUUGUGCUUCUCGUGGAUAUAUUACUUUCUCUCAAAAAUUUACCCAUACUGCCUUCUGAUUCAUCCCAUACUUCAACUAACUCAAGGUGCUUAUAGCUUUUUUUUUUCUUCCAACUUGUGGGUUUCAGCCUGUCUUUGUGGGUUUUAUUGCAUAAAAAUUGCCAAUUUCAGGAACAGCUUCUUCAUCUACUUGAAAGUAAAAAUUGACAGGAUGGUGCCCUGGCUCUUGUUGGGGUCAGAGAUUUUCUCCCUGAUUAUUGGAAUUCUCGUCUACAUCACUAUUGAUAAAGCUAUCUGUAAAAACCUCAAUUUCACCUGCAAUGGAAGAAUUUGGAAAUCAACUAUCAGAACAGAGGAACAUUUUUACCCUAUUCAUUUUCUCACUGGCUUUUUACAUGCUGCUUCAUUUAUGGCAGUCAUCUUCUCUGCUGUUUUCCUUCUCUUUUCCCUCUGGACACACAAACGCAAGAUGCAGACAAACUCCAUGAAGGACCUCAGCAUGGAUGCCCACAUCAGAGCCAUGAAAUCUAUUCUCUCCUUCUUAGUGAUGUACAGCAUCAACUUUGUAUGUUUCAUCUUGACUCUAAUUUUUUCAACAACGCACAAAAAUUAUAUUCUAUUUCUUGUUUACUUAUUUCAACAUGCUUAUCCUGGUGUUCACUCCCUUAUUCUGAUUUUCAGCAAUCCCAAGCUGGAAAAGGCACUGCUUAACAUUCUUUCCCGCGUGAUGUGCAAGGUUUGCAUGAAGUAG